AUGUCCACGAGACGCUCAGCCGCUUCGAGCGCGUCACCUCGCAAAGAAGCGCGUCGAUCUCAAGCUCACUCCGCAGCUCGCUCAUCCCACCACGCUCCUCGCGAUCGACAAAGCGUGGACCUGAAGGACGAUUCUGAGGCAGAGGUGGAUGCGCAGAUGGAAGGCGAUGCAGAGGAUGUGGGAGGGCUAUCUACUUGGGGCAAUGGAGAGCCUGAUCAAGCCGAAGCUCCGUGAGUGCAGCUCAGCCACCGGACAGAAUACUUUCUCGCGGUCAGCUUACACAUAAACCUGAUCUUUCGCCCGUGGUACCCACACGAUGACCGGCACACAGCGGAAUUAUACUGGCGAUGAACACGUACUUGACAGAUCCUCGUGGGGACGUGGAGAAGUUUGAGCAGCUUCUGACCAAGCUGGACUCGAGAACGGAGAGCAAGCUGCACAAGCUGGGUCAGUUGGAGCAAGAGGAUGCCGGUGAGUAGCGAAGGCACAUCUGCGGGGCGUCUCAGUCGCACAGACGUUGUCGCAUCGCCGAGUCGCAUACCAAGCUGACAUUCUUCACAUCCACCAUACUUUCUACGUAGAGCUGAAGACGCAAUUGACAAAGCUGCGCUCCCAGACCACACGUGGUGCAUCCGACUGGAGGUCAAAGGCGUUGCACUUGGCGGAGAUGGACAAGCUCGAGGGCAGGAAGUUUGAUCACCUGAAAAAGAUUACGGAAGCUGAAAACCGAAGGGAUGGUGUGCAGGCUAGACUGGUCGAGGCCAGAGAUGAGGAGGAGGAAUUAAAUCGUGGCAAGCCUCUGGAGCGUGGAGAAUUUGACAGGCAAGGGUGAGUAUGGAAUUCUCGGUGGUGUCUCGUCUCGCUGUUGGGCUUCGGGGUACUCACCAUCUGCUCGGACCUCUCCUGCUGUCCCAUCCACAGACUUCUGCUCUCUAUCUACCGCAAAGUCGGAUUCCACCCAAUAUAUGCUAGCGAUCAGACCAACGCAGCGCCCACCGCACCUUUCAAAUCCCUCAAUUGCGUACCAGCGUCCAGGAAGCGCACCACGCUGCACAGAGUCGACGAAGCCUACUUGCGCGAGACUGGUCAAACACCGUUCUGGACCGCCGAGCAGUUGUGGAAAGCUGUCGAGUAG